GGUAAGGAAAAGGAUGAAAGAUAUGACGAGGGCAGAUGGUUUCAGUAAGGAGGCGGAGGGUAUCCCUCUGUACAGAGCCCACGGUGGCUGGGAUUUGGAUGAAAUCCACCUUAUUUAUGGGUACGGGAAGCAGAACAUAGGGUUAGGAGGUGGUGGCGACCAGGAUCGAUGGUGGCUGGGAUUUCAAAUCGAUGAUGCAAAUUUGAAAAACCUCACCGCGGCGGAGGAUGCGGUGAAAGUGAGGAGGAGAGGGCGUUGUGGCCAGAUAUUUAAUUGGGCGAGGAGGGAUGGCAGGUCGUCGAGCGGCGACACAGAUAUUGAAUUGGGCGACGUUGAACUCGGGCAAGCAGCCUCAAAUCAAGUUCACAGAGAACAAGAUCGGUCGUCUAGGAGGUGCUUGCGGAUGGAUCUCAGUGAUGAAAGCCCAGAAGGGGGCCAGAUUCAACCACCUCCGUCGGCGACUAAAGAAGGCGGAGGGGAGUGAGGGUAUGGGGAUAGCGGAGGAGGUGAUUGGAUUCUUUGGGCGGCCGAUGGUGAAAUGAUUCACCUCCUUUACUCCUCCUAUGCCGAUUUAGCUAUCUGGGCACUGCAGCUAUACAGCAGAGACGCGAGGAAGCUAUGAAGCAAAUUCAAGUGGUCUUCUUGUAGUAGGGUGAUGUUGCGGCGGCAGAGAAGAAGUGCAGCGGCGAGGUAGAGGAGCUGGACUGGCGAAGGGAUUAAAAAGAUUUUGGGAUU